AUGCAGAUCAGACACAUAUAAUCGGAGCGGAGCAGAGCAGUAGGGUUUAGCGACUGAGAUUAAAAAAAAAAUAUGGAGCUCUUCAAUUAAUUGCUUGAAAAUUUCUCUUCAUCGCCUUCAUCCGAACGCCCAAAAUUCAAAACCCUAGCCUGAUCCGAUCCAUCAGCCGAUGGUAUCGUCGAAAAUGGAGAAAUCUCCGGCGGAUCUGCUGGCCUCGCCCGGCCUGAGCUCGAUGCUGAAAUCCCUAAAAUUGAAGACGAAGCAGCAGGAGCUCUUGAUCCGUGUCUCCAUCCUCUUCCUGGUUUACGUUUUGGCAUUCAUUGCCCGUUUGUUCAGUGUGUUGCGUUACGAGAGCAUGAUCCACGAGUUUGAUCCAUACUUCAAUUACCGAGUUACUCAGUAUUUGACUCAGAAGGGCUUCUACGAAUUUUGGAACUGGUUCGAUUCCGAGAGCUGGUAUCCACUCGGUAGGAUCGUCGGUGGGACUCUCUAUCCUGGUCUCAUGGUCACCGCUGCCUUCAUUUACUGGACCCUUCGUUUUCUCCGGUUUGCUGUUCACAUUCGUGAAGUUUGUGUGCUCACUGCACCGUUUUUUGCUGCCAACACCACCCUUGUUGCUUACUUCUUUGGGAAAGAGCUAUGGGACUCUGGAGCUGGACUUGUAGCAGCUGCAUUGAUUGCUAUUUGUCCUGGUUAUAUCUCUAGGUCGGUGGCCGGCUCAUAUGAUAACGAGGGUGUUGCUAUAUUUGCAUUGCUGCUUACGUUCUAUUUAUUUGUUAAGGCCGUGAAUACAGGCUCACUUGCUUGGGGCCUGGCCUCAGCUUUGGGAUAUUUUUAUAUGGUUUCAGCUUGGGGUGGUUACGUGUUCAUUAUUAAUCUGAUUCCACUGUACGUGCUGGUUCUUUUGAUUACUGGAAGAUACUCAAUGAGGUUAUAUGUAGCGUACAACUGCAUGUAUGUGCUGGGAACGUUACUAGCAAUGCAGAUCCGAUUUGUGGGAUUUCAGCAUGUUCAGUCUGGGGAACACAUGGCAGCAAUGGGAAUGUUUUUCUUGAUGCAGGUGUUUUACUUUUUAGAUUGGGUCAAAUACCUGCUUAAUGAUCCUAAGAAGUUCCACUCUUUCUUGAGAAUCACAGUGACCAGUGCAGUAGGUUUGGGUGCAAUAGCUCUGGGAGUUGGCACAGCGUCUGGCUAUAUUUCUCCAUGGACUGGUCGAUUUUAUUCUCUCCUGGAUCCAACUUAUGCUAAGGAUCACAUUCCAAUAAUUGCAUCCGUCUCCGAGCAUCAGCCAACCGCAUGGUCAUCCUUCAUGUUUGAUUUUCAUAUAUUGUUAAUUCUUUUCCCAGCGGGUCUAUAUUUCUGCUUCAAACGUUUGUCAGAUGCUACAAUAUUUAUAGUGAUGUAUGGGCUCACUAGUAUGUACUUUGCUGGAGUCAUGGUGCGGUUGAUACUUGUUGCUACUCCUGCAGUAUGCCUUAUUAGUGCUAUUGCCGUCUCAGCCACCGUAAAGAAUUUGACGCAGCUGGUGAGGGCGAAGAGCAAGCCUGCUUCUGGAGGUUCUGGUAAAGGAGCAGCUAGCGCCAAAGUUUUGUCUAAGGGUUCCCUUGAUCAGUCUAUGCCUUUCCAAAAGAAUGGUGCUGUUGCGUUGCUUCUUGGAGUAUUUUACUUGCUUAGCAGAUACGCUAUCCAUUGUACGUGGGUAACAUCAGAGGCCUACUCGUCUCCUUCAAUUGUCUUAGCUGCUAGGGGUGCCAAUGGCAACAGGGUAAUUUUUGACGACUACCGUGAAGCCUAUUUUUGGCUGCGACAGAACACUCCUCCAGAUGCCAAGGUGAUGUCUUGGUGGGAUUAUGGUUAUCAGAUCACCGCCAUGGGGAACAGAACCGUGAUAGUCGACAACAACACUUGGAAUAACACACACAUUGCUACCGUUGGACGUGCUAUGUCAUCUUAUGAGGAUGAAGCAUAUGAGAUUAUGAGAUCACUGGAUGUUGAUUACGUGUUAGUGGUUUUUGGAGGUGUUACAGGUUAUUCUUCUGACGAUAUUAACAAAUUUUUGUGGAUGGUAAGAAUCGGAGGUGGAGUUUUUCCUGUAAUUAAGGAACCUGAUUACCUUGUUAAUGGAGAGUAUCGUGUUGACAAAGGCGCAGCUCCAAAGAUGUUGAACUGUCUUAUGUACAAGCUAUCUUAUUAUCGAUUUGGUGAGCUGACUACGGAAUACGGAAAACCUCCUGGAUACGACAGAGCGCGUGGGGUUGAAAUUGGAAACAAAGAUAUAAAGCUAGAACACUUAGAAGAGGCGUUUACUACGUCAAACUGGAUAGUUAGAAUAUACAAGGUUAAACCCCCAAAUAAUAGAUGGUGAUUGAAUCUCUCUCUCUCCGUCUUUUCUUCUCUGGUGCGGGACUACAAAUGCUACAGUAUCACCGAGUUUAUUUAUGGAUAGGUUUAAGUAGACAACUUCAGACUUCCAUUUUGUAACAUUUAAUCUUCCAAAUUUUCCGGUGUUUUCUUUUUUCGUAUUCAGAAUUUACAGCUCACUUUUACUUAAUUACCGAAAUCGAAAGCUACUUACUCAAUGAGUACUUGCAAUGGUCACUGGAUGUCUAAGUGCAAUUUCC